CAUGAUGCCAGUAUAUCCUAAUUCAACACCUCGAUCAGUAGAUAGAACUCCAAGUUUACAAGACCAAAUUGUAAAUAUUAGAAACAAGUUACUUAGAACCCGACCUUACAUAAGGAAAACACAGUUAGCCUAUGCCUACUAUCUAGGUGAACUGAUAGAAAAAAAUCCUCUAGAGCAAAGAAUAAUAUGA